UUAAAUUUCCAAACACCUGGAGUACAAAUGGAUCUUCAAAUUGGGAAAUUUUCAGAUAAUGGUGGCUGUGGCUAUAUAUUGAAACCUGAAUUCUUGAGAAAUGAAAACACACAAUUUAACCCAUAUAAUAUAUCUGCAGACCAUCAACCAAUUACACUUACAAUUAAACUUAUUAGUGGCCAUCAGUUACCACCUAGCAACCUUUCAAGAACUAACAAAGCUGACCCUCUUGUUAUACUAGAAAUUUAUGGCAUUCCAGAAGACCAGGCAAAACAACAGAGUUGUGUUGUGAAGGGCAAUGCUUUGUGUCCUAGGUGGAAUCAAACAUUCACAUUUGGUAUCCGUGUUCCAGAGCUUGCCUUAGUUCGUUUUGUUGUAGAAGAUCAGAUUUCUCUUGUUUCCAAUGAUUUCCUUGGUCAAUAUACGUUGCCACUUUUAAGCAUAAAUAGAGGUUGUCUAUAAUUGCUGCAUUCUUGUAAUAGUUUGUAGCUAGUGUACAUGUUAAACUUUUCUACAUGUACUGAAUUUAACUAUAUUGCAUUGCAAAAUCCGUCACAAGACCUUUAGAGGUAAGAACAAAAUUCCAGUCUUUAUGCUUGUAUUUGAAGUAUUUCUAUAAUUAAUAAAGAGUAGAUUUUCACAGUUGCUAUUUAUGGGUGACAUGACUUCUGAGCAGGACUGUGUGAAACAUUCUUUGCCAAAUGACCAAAUUCUGUCAACAGAAAUAAUUGUGCAAAUUUCUGUAUUAAUGUAGUUGAAAUUGCACUGCUUUGUUUUGUCAUUCUCUUACACUGGAGCAAAUAAGUACUAAAAUACAACUUUGAUAGAACCAAGUUUUUGUACUCAUUUUGAUGUUUC